AACUGAUCAUUGAAAAAACACAAAAUCUCUUCACUGGAUGAAGAUGAAGACGACCCUCACUGUGCUCCUAAUCCUGGAGCUCUACGGACUCUCCUCCGGUCUCUUUAAACAUUUCUUUGUGAAUGAGGGUAAGACAUGGUUUUCUGCGCUUAGGUACUGCAGAACUCACUUUCAUGACCUGUCCACCUUCACUAAUGAGAGUGAGAAACAGCAAUUUUUAGCGGAUGCAAAUAAUCAAACUUCUGAUGCCUGGAUUGGUUUGUCCAAACUAUCAGGAUUCUGGAAAUGGACCGGAGGUUAUUACGCAACAAAUAUUGUCUGGGAUAGUUCGAAUCAGCUAAGUUAUAAUGAAUACUGUGUUUUUCUACACAAAGAUACUAAGAAACUACAUGAUGAAAACUGCAAUAAAAGACAUGCCUUCUUCUGUAUGAACAAAGAACUUGCUCCGAUGCAGCAGGAAGAGAGCUGGGAAAGAGCUCUGGAAUACUGCAGAACACAUUAUAAUGAUCUGGCGAGUCUGAGCUCAGAGAACAGGAUGAAUUCUGCUUUACUGAGUAUCACACAGGCUCAAACUGAAUAUGUGUGGACUGGUCUGCGCUUUCUAGCUGGAGAGUGGAGAUGGGUCAAUGGAGAUGAUCUUGACUUCACAGCCUGGCAUGAGACGGGACAGCCCCAGUGUCCUGCCAGAAACCUUCGUUGUGGAGCCCUGAGCAAGUUAACAAAGGUCUGGACACCCAGAGACUGUGAGGAGAAGCUCAACUUCUUUUGUCAGUAGAUGGUACGUCACUUACACAGAUUUUUUUAUGAGCACAGAUUACAAAUAUAAAAGAUAUGGUAAUAGUUAGAUAUGUGCUCCAUCUUUUUACUGUGGCCCCCCAUUUGAUAUCAUAACCUGUUUAACAACUUUUGAACACUUUCAUUAUUAAUAAACAUCAACACUAUUGAUAACUAUUUUCUGCUAUCUAGUAUGUAAAACCAUCUUUUUGCUUCUUUUUUGUUAAUAAAACAAACUGGAUCACUAGCAGAAUGGAUUAACUUAUUACUGGAUUAACGGUUCAACAAUUUCUUCUCCUGACUCAAAGCACUCAGUAAUCACUCGACAGCUCCUCACCACCACGUUUUAUGUUUCCUGCUUCACACUUACUGGAAAGAAGCUCUGGGUUCACUGCAUAAAACUGUGUGCUCCGCUAUCAAGUUCCUACCCUAAAACAAAUGAGAAAAUUGUUUCAAUGAAAGGAUGAAAGUACUAGUUUUUGUUUAAUUUUGAUGGCUAAGUACAAUUGUACUUUUUUUUCAAGUUAUUUUGUUUUAUAACUAAAUCAAAUAAACAUAUUAGUAGUUAUUGUGUUUAGAGAAGCUGUAUAGGGUGCAACAGAUUAUACUUCUUCACUUUUUGUAGUUAUAUGAAAUUGUUAAAUUGAUCAUUUAAAUUACAUUUAGUGAACUGUAUAGCUUAAAGAAAUAUCUUAGUGUUUAUUUUUAAUAACACAUUAUUAUUAUGAU